GUGGAAGGAUGAUGAUGGUGAAUGGGUGAAUGAAGCCGGGACGAAGACGAUGAUUAUCGUGGGUCCCCGAGCGAGUUCUUCAGCGGGAUCGGUUGGAAUGGGAAGUGAGUGGUGAAGUAAAUCUGCAAAAGAAGAGCUGACGCGAAUAAGCAGCAGGAACGCAAGCAAGAACCAAAGAGGAAUAAUGUUUUAAAUUGGGAGCCAUUUUAGUGUUUAUAGAAAGCACAGUUCACAGUUGUUAUUUUUCUCCGCGCUAUCUCGCUUCCUCGUCAGUGUGUGUAGUUUCUGUGUGACCACAACAUGCCAAGAACAGGGAUCAGUAUGCAUUAUAAACUCUUGUGAGUGCGCGGAAUAUGAACUGUUACAAGGUGUUGAAGACUUGUGCCAGAAAGGAAGAACAAAAAAAAUGCAGAUGACCACAAUUGCUGCAGACUUACCUUGGACGCUGCGAAGAACGUGAUUUCGUCCCCGGGCGCGGAAUUUUGGCCGACGGCGUGUUAAUUGGUAAAUCGGUGCGACAACGACUCUCCAAAGUGGCCACAUCGAAAAACAACAUCACUUGGGCAUGAAGUAGAUUGCAGGGCGUUUCCGAAAAGUGAUGAAACUUUGGCCACGAGACUGAUUUCCUAAUCGAGAACAUCACUGCAGACGCGCCGUAAAAUCCACAGAUAAUAUACCACUCACAAAGCGAGGUGCGCGAUCGAGAGCAAGCGUCAUCGUCAUCGAGUAAAGGCGAGCCGAAAUUGGCCCCCAAUACGCUGCGAACACCACCCAUACUGAGCAGCAACAUCAUCACCAACAAAACCGUACAAACGAGUUCGGAAGGAAAAGGAGAUACAAAUAAAUCUCACCACCGCCGACUGCCGACUUAUCGCAAGCAACAACGGCAACAACGGGAGGAAAAAACAGCUAUAGGGUAUUAAAUUCAUUAAGCGGGACCUCCUCUCGACUUUCAUCUCGCUCGCGUGCGCAACUUAUUAAUUUGGUUUUUGGGAGUGUCCCAUUGCCGGGGAGCGAGUGAGUGUUGAGUGCACCCGCGCGGUGGCUCGCUCCUCGCAAAUGAGGUCAGCCGACAUCUUACCGCCCAGUUUCGAGCCCGUCAAAACACAGGCCUCGACAUGAAGCGGCGGCCGCCCCCUAAAGUGCUUCGCCAACAACGCCAUCACCACCAUCAGCAGUCACGAUCGUCCCGAGUCAAUGAAGCGCCGCACGAUCGUGCCAUAAUGAGCAGCGGCAGCAGCAGCAGCUGAAGGGACACACCGAAGAGAACGACGGAGUUUUCUUCACUAUCUGUGAUUAUUACCACAUUCCAACACCUCGCGGUUCAUACUAAUACAAAACAAAACAAAAAAAAACACGGGAACGAUAAAGGAGAGAAAGGCAUUUUAAGGUUUAAGGUUUUUAGGGCAGAUUAAGGUAAAGAUAGAGAUAAACACUACACUACACUAGAAACACAGCAAAAAAAAUGUCACAGGGAAAUUACGUUAGCAAGUAUGCGGGUGAGUUCUGCAAGUUGGUCGUCGAGGGGGACCUCGCCAAAAUCAAGUCCAAGUUCAAAGACUUUGUCCUCGACUACCAAACGCCGGAAGAUCUCAACACUCCGCUGCAUCUGUCGAUCAUUGCGCAACAGAACCGGAACGAGAUCAUACAGUUCCUGAUCGAGUCCGGUGCGGAUUGUGACUUGCGCAAUUCGAUGAACCUUACCGCGUCCGAGUUGGCGAUCAAUCUGAACUUUCUCGAUGUGACCAAAUUUAUGCUGGCCAUCGAGUUUCGCAAUCUUUCCGACUACAGGUGCUUCUAUCGGUUGAUCAGACGCGGGUCGGUCCCGCUGUUGCAGCUGUUUCUGGAGCUGAAAAGCUUCGACGUUCAUCAGCAGAUCCACUUUGUGUCCAGUGUGUGGCAUGAACUGUACGUUAAGAACGUUCAGAUCUCGAAGAACAUGGAGAACUUCCUCGAGUACCAGCUGCUCAACUACAGCUAUGCAUAUCAUCAUCCACCGAGCCAGAAACCGGACCGGCUGAAGUUCGACAAGGAGCACGAGAAUCGGAUCGAUCUGAUCGUGGAGUACACGCGGUACCUAACCAGCCAGUAUGCCACCGACAAUCUAAACGACUUCGACGACAAGUUCCUGCUGGCGGUCAAGAUCAUCUACGACAAUCUGUUCUUCAUCAAGGACAAACACGAGUUCGCCCAUCUGCCGAUGGUUGAGAUGGAACGAUGUCUGGCGAUUUUCCUGGCCAUCUUCAAGAAGAGUCCCGAGUACGAGAUCUACAAGUUGAUCAUCAACAAGAGGCAGCUGUUGGUGUUCCUGGCGGCGAUCUGUGAUGAGCUGGACAAAAUUAAGAAGGAUCUGCUGGAUAAGGAGAACCGUAGCCAGCAGAAGUGGACGAACGAUUUGUUGCUGCAUCUGAUAAACUGCAUACGGGACGCUGCCCCUGCGAAGUCCACUAAAGCGAUCAACGCACUGUGGAAGAAGAAAUGCCCCCUGAAGAAGAAACUCAUCUACUACGUUAAAUCGCGGCUCAAAAACAACACGGAGCUGAGUUCCAUCCAGGCCCGGAUGGUUAACAACUUGUCGAAGAAUGAGUUGGAGGAGAUUCGGGGUGAGUUGAAGGCGAAGGAGUUCCUGAACCUAACGCGAACCAUUGCCCGAAAGAACUUUGUGAUUUUCAAACGACUGAAGAAAACCUCCGAUCAUCUGGCGCAGUUGUACGCCAUCAAGAAGAUCCUCCGCUACUUGGAUGGUAUCGCACGGGUGCAGCUGCCCCAGUAUCAGGUUUCGGGAGUGCUGGCCAUCAAACGGACCCUGCAGGUCCUGGCGGAUACCGUCAGCAGUACAAAAUACAGUCCCCGCAUUCGGCGCAAGCUGGACUACGUGGUGCACAAAAUUCUCCCGCUCAAUUUGGACCUGGAACUGGCCGAUUACUACACGCCGAACGUCACCCUGUACAAACUGUGUUCGGACAAGCUCGAGAACCGGUUGAUGCCGUUCGCCGAGGUGCAGUGCAGUCUGAAAUCCGUGCGGCGUUACUUCGCCUGCAUCUUCGAUCUCAAGAUCCUGGAGGCGUACAAAUGCUACCUGGGAAGCGUGUACCAGUUGAAGGAUCGCGCCCAGGUGCGAUCGUACAAUCAGUACGUGGGGGAGGCGAACCGGUUGUACUUCGAGAACCACACCCUAGACGAUGUGUACUUUGAGCUGGAGGACUGUAUACGGGUGGUGGAGGAGUUGCAGGAGACGUUCGUCCAGCAGCACGAUGAUAAGAUCAGCGAUCUGCUCCGGUGCAUCCACAAGUCACUCGGGCAUCGGUACGAGACGCUGCUGAGGGAGGGCAAAGGGCUUUUUGGGGCAAUCAGUUCCAACUUCAACACCAGCAUGCUGUUGGGGACGGCGAAUCAGGACAUAGUGAAGAUUAAGCGGAUAGUUCGGUCGUUUCUGGACGAGCAGCACCCAAAGUACGACAUCAGCACCGACAGUCAGCUGGUGAGCGUGAGUUUUGUCCUCCAGGAGCUGCUCCAUCUGUUCACGAACUAUCUCUACCAGUACCAGAUGGACGAACGGGUCUCCAAGAGCUUCCUCACCAUGGUUUACGUGCUCAACGUUGAGCGGUACUUCGCGAUCGACCAUCUGCUACCGCUGCGCGGUAAACCGUACGACAGUCUCAUCCACCAGAACUACACGAACGAAAUCCUGAAGAAGUUCAACCUCCAGAAUCUCAGCUCGAUCGAGUUCGCGGUGCUGCACGAGCAGCUUGCGAUCAACUACUACGACAACUGUUUCAAUCUGGACAAGAAGUACGCCGUGAUGACGAUGUUCAUGAAGACGACGAACCGGGCGAUCAACGACGCGAUCAUGAAGCGCAACAAGCGCAUGGAUCGGGAGGAGUUUCAGUCCUACCUGGAGAGCAAACUGAAGCUGAUCGGGCAGUUUCUGCCAUGCAGUGAUUUCAACGAGGUCACCCAGUUCAUCAGUGAUGCGGCUCCGCACGUGGAGUUCGCUCUCGAGUGCUGUUUGCUGGAAAUUUGCGAGAUCCUAACCGAUUUGAACGUGUUUCAGGACAACUCGUACGUGCUGAAGCUGCAGUCGUCGAUCAUUAGUGGGCGCAAUCUGCGCGAGUACUUGUUGCAUGAUCCGCUGGCAUACGAUAUGCUCACGUUGACGCACAGCACCAAGGUGAAGGUGUUCCUGAACGGGUUGGUUUUCAAGAGCAACGACUUCAAGCUGUAUCAGCCGCCCACCAACCUGAAGGUGAAUGUCAGCGAUCUGGCCACGAUCAAUGAUAACCUGGUGAACAGCUACAAGAUGAAGUGGAGCUGGGUGGAGCAGCAGGAACGACUGUUCAAAUCGGUGGAGAACAUCGAUCUGAAGCUGCUGCAGGCCCUCACACCGGACUAUGCCGAUGUGCGGGGGAUGCGGCUGGGGGCGCUGCAGGAGGAAGCCCCGAUCGCGGAGUACGAGAUCAUCGAUUACACCAUCAAGAACAACUUGCGGACGAUGACGGACUUCCUGGCGGAGGAUGUGCAAGCGAUUUCGUUCGAGAAGCAACAAUUUUUCCAGUACCUGCUGGUGCGUAGUUUCGGGUCGCUGUUUGUGGACGCCCACAUCAGCCUGACAGGGCAGUACGAUCGGCAGGCGGCGAUCCUGUAUAUGGCGCUGUACUUUCGAGCUUACGAGAUUUUUCUGGACAAUGUGCGGAAGUUUGAGCUGAGCAUCAACCUGUCGAAAAUCGCCAAGUACAUCAACCAUGAGUUUAUCGACAAGAUUGCCAAGCAGAUGAAGGAUAUCAGCUGGAACUGUCAGGAUGAGAACGGGGUGACGGUGCUGGAUCAAUGCAUCCAGAAGGGGGACGUGCAGGCGGUCAAGAAGUUGCUGAAACUCAACGUGGAUGUCAAUCAGUGUAGCGGGGAUAGCUCCACGGGGUUGCACAGGGCUUGUAGUCUCGGGUUGAACGACAUCGUGCGGUUGUUGGUGAAGCAGAACGUGCAGAUCAACGCCAUCAACGAGCAGGACUACCUCCCGUUGACGUACGCCAUCCAGUACCAUGAGAAUGAGCUGAUUCCGAUGCUGGUUAGUGAUGAGAUCGAUGUUAACUCGGAGAGGUUGGGUCUCGUGAGGAGGUCUGUAAAACACGGCAAUUUGGAAGCGCUAAAAUUUUUGUUGGACAUCCGUCAGGUCAGUUUAACUGCUCGGAUGGAUCAGGAAGACAACAGCUUGAUUCACAUGUGUGCGAUCUACGAUCGGGAUGAGAUUUUGAGGUUCUUGAUCGCCAACUACUUCCGGUAUGUUCAGGAGCAUUUGAACGAGCAGAACUGCCACUCCAAAACAGCACUCCAUAUAGCUGUAAGCACGGAACGGUACCGGAUCGUGGAGCUGUUGCUCCAGCAAAAGGCCUCCGUCACGGCGGUGGAUCAGUGUGGGCUGAACGCCGUGGAAUGGGCCCUCGAGCGAAACAGCGUCAAACUACUCAAGUUGUUCGUGAAGUAUGGCUUCUCCCAGCAAAAGAGUUUGAUCCCGCAGCUGCCUUUGGCGCUUGUCAUCGAGAAAAAGAACAUCCGUAUGCUCAAGCUGCUGAACCGGAUCGGGUAUAGUCUCCUGACGGAGCAGCUAUGUCUGAUCAAGGCAGUUUACGCACAAUCCGUUGAACUGGUAAAAUUCCUGGUUGAGAGCAACAAAAUUUAUCUCAGCUACAAAGAUCCGUACGACAGCACCGCCCUGCAUGUGGCGAUCGCGAUCGGAUGCAACGAGAUCGCUGCCUUUCUGAUCGAAAGUGGUUCGGAGAUCAACGCGAUCACCAAGUUCGGUGAUACACCGCUGCAUGUGGCAGCCAAGCAUUGUAACAUAAUCGCCGCUCGAAUGCUCAUCCUGAAGUACGCAGCAAUUGACGAGAGGAACUCCAGCGGACUGACCCCGCUGAUGCAGGCGAUGUAUUCGCGCAAUCUGGACAUCAUGAAGCUGCUGAUUGGCGCCGGAGCGAACAUCGAGCUGCUCAAGAUCCACCUGGCCGAGAUCGAGCAGAUGUCGAAGAUACCGACGAUUCACAUGUUUGCGGACAACUACGGUCUGCUGGAGUUCAUGAUCCUUCAGCUGCAGUACGACCCGAACGUUCGGGACGGACGCAAUCAGCAAAAUAUUCUGCACAAAGCCUGCUACAGCAACAAUCUGCAGAUCGUGCAAUUCUUGGUGGACUGGUGCCGCGUGCAAGUCGAACAACAGGACUCCAACAGCCGGACCCCGCUGUCGAUAGCGAACGAGUGCAAGAACUUCGAUGUGGCGGAAUUUCUGCGGGGUAAGAAGCGGAAGAAAUCCCAAAUUACGCCCCAGCGAUACUUCGAUCCCUCGGGGAUGAUGUGAGGAAUGUUACCAGUAUUCAGUUUCCCAGUGAGUUAUCCCUUUUAGAAGCUAGUUUCAGACCCAAGCUGAUGACCUCCGCACACUGGAGAAGACAUCCUCCCCGCGCACUGAGAAGCUUAAAAUUUUAAAACAAUAUAAAUAUGCAAUGGAUAGUGUCUCGAGCCGGACACAUCCUUCGGUUGAUCAGCACCGUGUGCUGCCCCGAGGAUCCUCCGAGCUCACCGGGCUUCCUCAGUUUGCCGCACGUAUGUGCGGAAGUCAUCAACCCGGCUGAAACCAGCGAAACCGACACUGACCCGGCAGUCGUCAGGGUUCCGCGUGCCCUUCUGGAGCUAGAUUCGCUCGAUUUUGACUGAAAGUUCCUCCUUUUCGCAAGGUUACCACAGCGCGUCGAACGGAUUCGGCCGCCUUCGGGGUUUUUCUACGAGGCAAGUCCGCUGCUCCCCACACCAAAACACAGUGAUGGAUGGAUGGAACAGACCAGCCUCCGGAAAAGCCCUCAUUUAGAAAUAUUUUACACACACACUUUUUCCAGCGGGAAUCCAACGCAAUCGCUCUGUUGCAGUCUUGCCCCACAUAGCAUUACUAUAAAACUCGAGCCGAAUCUGCUCCAGAAAGGAGGCACCCCGUGCGGACGCCCUCGGCUUGCCUCGGGGCGCGCGGUUGUGUCCCGUUCUUUUCCUCCUAUUUCCUCCAACCCAACAACUAUCUUGCGAUGGCAAACCUCCGUUCUAGUCAGAGUGUGGGAAUACGUACGUGUGUUCGUGUGCCAUUUCGCCAUGAAUGUUUUUUUCUUCUCGGGUCCCGGCACAACAAACGGAAGCUCAGCCAUUCCAUGCCAAAGCGAUAUAGUUGCUCUCAGAUUUACGUGAAAAUUGGUAGUUUUGUUCCUUAUCGCAAAAUGUUCGACCCGUAUUUUUUAUUAAUUUAUCAUUAGAGUGCCCAUAUCCAUUUAAGGGUGUCACAAAAAAAAUAACUUCUUCCCAAAAACAAAAAUAACUUUUGAACUACUGGGCCGAUUUAGAUUAUUCAGAUGAUCGACAAGGAAAUUCCCAAGGAGCUAGACUGUAGCGUGGUUACAUUAUCAAUACUCAUUAUAUUUCCUAAUCCUAGGCUAUCAUGUUAUACACUGAGAAUCAAUUUCGAUGACCUAGGACCACGUCUUUCAAUAAUGGUUUCUAUUCAGAAAACAGGACACGUUUUCUUCAAACAACGAUCGUUUGAAAAUUCUUCCGUUCACAUAUUUUGAUAGUUCUAGACAUAAUAUCAAACGUAAAAGGACGUACGUCAAAUUUAUUCGUAACGAAGAACAUAAUCUAUUACAAAAAUUUCGAUGCAUUCAAAAAUAAUAUUCUAAGUGGUAAACAAGUGGAUUACAUAAUGUAAUUGCGUAGUUCUACGUCGAAAAUAUGCGGUCGUGUCCUAGUUACAACCCCUUGUAAUUUUUUUUUAAAUCUCUAGUACGAAACGUCUAAGUCUUCGGAAUAUGCCUCAGUGCCGCUCUGCAGAAUGCCCAUCGGGCUCAGUAGUGUGGUAAUGGAUUCACGUUUCAUCCAAUGCCACAAAACGUCGAAAAAAUUUCAACGCGUUUACGCUUCAACAACGCCAAACCGGCUGAUGAAUCAUCAACGCGCCGCUGUUUUUGAUCGACGGUCAGCAAACGCGGCACCCAUCGUGCGGAUUGCAUUUUUCAUGCCUAAAAUGUAUCCGACUCGUUCUUUUGAAAUGCCUACGGCCUCAGCUAACUCGCGUAACUUCACUUUACGAUCGUUCAAAACAUCGUAAAUCGAUGCACUUGUUUUUGUGAUUUCCGGAUUCAUAGCCUCUUUUGGCCUUCCAGAGCGAGGUGCAUCUGCGGUGCUUGUACGGCCCAUUUUAAAUUCGCUAAACCAACGAUAUUGUUUUCGAAGAAGCAGAAGUGGGAAAACAUUCCGUUAAUCUCUGCAUUGGUUGUUCAGGAGUUUUUCUCAUCAGAAAACAAUGUUUGAUCAAAAUCCGAUAUUCUUCUUUUUCCAUUUUCUAUACGAAUGCUCAGGUAGCGACACUUAAACAAGUGUAGUUUGUGAACAAAUAAACGAAAUGUCAUGAAACAUAAUCUAGUGACAGGUCAACCUCUCGAAGUGAAUCUUGUUCAUUUUUAGUGGUGCCUUCUGUUGAAAAAUCCUGAGACUUUUCAGCCCAUGUAGUACCGGAACGCGUUAACCAGAUUAUUUAGUACCAGAACACGCGGCGGUCAAGUUGAUAGUGUUUAUACUUCUAUCAAGGCUGCAUCCGUAUAGUGAAUCACGGUAAUAUGAUAGCCAAGCUUGACCGUUCAGGUACAUCUUCGAGACUGUGCGAGUGGUUGAAAUCAUAUUUAAUUGAUCGUCAAUUGUUCGUGAGAAUAGAAUCAGCCAUAUCUGCACCAUUCUUUUCCCGAUAUGGUGUGCCCCAGGGAAACAAUUUGGGAUGUGUACUAAACCAUUUUGUUGUAAGUGUGUUUAAAUGUUGUAUCAUAUCCUUCCGAAGAAACAAAAAUUGUAUCGUGUAUAACUUUAGUAUUAAUGACACCGAGUUGAAUAGAGUUAAUAAUGUUAUUAACUAAGGUGUGAAACUGGAUCAUCAGCUCUCUUUCAAAUGCACCACUCACUGAUAGUGGAUCGAGCGAAUCGACAGCUUGGAUUUAUCUUCAAGAUAGCAACCGAAUCUGAUGUCCACGUUCUUUGUACUGUUCAUUAGUAAGAUCCAUUCUUAAAUUUUCUUCUGAUGUCUGGUCACCAUAUGAUGCGGUAUGGAUUUCACGAAUCGAAACAGUGCAGCGCAAAUUCGUGAAGUGUGCCUUGCGAAGCAUACCGUGGUUCGUUCCACUGCGGCUCCCGCCUCACGAACAUCGUUGUGCCCUAUUCGGUAUUGAAUCUCCGGUAGAUCGACUAAAUCGCAAUCAAGCUGUUCUUGGUGCCAAGAUUCUGCAGAAUGUUGACAGUCAUGCACUGCUACGUCAACUGAAUAUCUACGCACCCGAACGAGUGCUUCGAUCCAGACAAUUGCUGUACCAACCAUCGAGACGAACACUAUAUGGAUUUCAACAAUCCCAUCGUUUCGAUAUAUCGCAGAUUGCAAGAAAAGUACGUUUUGUUCUACUUCAGUAUAUCAACAGAAGCUUUAUGGAAUCGACGGCGAAACCGUCAAGAUUGGCUAUAGUUUGCGAAACAGAAAUUUUAUCUAGUUUACCUGACCUUGAUGUCAGCUGAAUUAUAAAUACAUACAAAUACAUUGCCAUUUCCUAUUUCGUUAAUGUUCAAAAUUACAGAUAAUUGAAAGAAUUCUUAUUUUCCAAUACGCGUCGUAUCAUAACGAUGUGGAUAGAGAAAAUAUUGCAAUUUAAACUCCGCCUGUUUUCAAAUUAUUGAGUAUAACCAAUCAAUGUUUUGUUUCUCAGCAUGAAGGCCACAUAAAGUCCAGAAAAAAUCAUUUUCCAUCUUGUGUCAUUAUGGAAUCAUUUAAUGAAAUAAAUUAAUUGAAAAAUUAUAAGUAAAAAUUCAAUAAUUGGUAUCUGUCGAUCUGUUGACAACGAUCCCAUGAAAACCAACCGUUCCAAAAGUCUGUCAAAUGUCGAAAUCGAAUCUUGGUUUAGCACUAGUUCUAGAAAACAACAUUCCGGCUGGAACUGAUAGCACCAUCUACUUCGGUGAUCGUAUGUGCCACUGGGUACAUUACCUCGCGCCCGUUAGUUGUUGCCGCUAGUUCUGGUACUGUCUACAAUUAAUCUAGAAAGUCGUGUGCACCAGUAGUCAGAUAAUGUUAAAGCCAUGAUCAAAACAUAAGUGCAUGACCCUAUCACUCACUGACAAAUCCUGGAAAGGCCUAUUUACUAUGGAACUCGCUGUAACGCAUAAUCCGCACCGCGGAUUUCACUAACCUACUGAAUCAUCUACAGUAAUCGUUCGCUAACUGGUCGUGGUUUAACUGGUCUGCUGUUUAACUGGGCGAACGUUAACUGGUUUUUGGACCAGUUAAAAAGCAGAAUUUCGUAAACAAUCGACGCCAUAUUCAAAUGGAAGAUUUGCUGUGAGGGGCAUUCGAAUGUAAUUUUAAAUGUUAUGAAAAUUGACAUUAAUUCGCACGACAAAAACAUUGAUUAAACUACAGAAAAAUAAUUUUCUCAAAUCAUAUGUCAUACCUGUUGUUGCACUCAAUGCGAAACUUCCAUUGGAAUCCUUUUGUUUAUCCAAUUACAGGAACAAUACGAAUCAAACAAUUCAUUGAAGUUUCCCUCGAUUUUAUUUGACGUUUAACAUGCCGGACCAGUUAAAACGCGAAUGUCGAUAAGUGGUCUUCCCUUUUCGCCCAGUUAGUGAAUGUUUACUGUAUAUCACUCUUAUUCCUGCACAUUGACUGGAUAUCUAAUUCGUUGUAUCAAGAAUUAUUGCACACAACUUUGUGUUGCAGGCAACAUUUACGGAAACCAAGCUGAGAGAAAGAAUGCAUAAUAAAUGAAUUAAGUUCGCAUUCGCUCGCGAAAUAUACUCCUUUCAUACGUUAAAUAGUUUGCUUGUUUUGCAAUUUUAACUGUUGAUAUCUCAGGCAAAAAAAGCUGGAUAAAUUUAUCGUUUAAUGGUAUAUAUUAUAACAUAUAUCAUUGAAACGAUUCUGCGUAAUAUGCAUUUGAAAUCUCUUAAUGUUUCGUUACAUUUUUCGUGCAGGAAACCCUCCCCCCCCCCCUCCUAUAUAGAAAUCAAAGACGUAGUCCUACGUCAAAACAUCAUCAUCAUUCAAGUCACACUCUCGUUCAAGCUAGCAGACUAUAGUCUACAGUUUUUUUUAUAAUAAUAGUUUUCGGAACACUCCAAAAUGAAAAUAGUCACCCCAAUGAAAAUUUAACGAAAACCUGAAAACCAUUAUAUCGGUUUGGCAUGGAAUGGCUGAAUUAACCAAUGAUUCUGGAGGGUCAUUCUUGAGAAACCAUAAGAGUACAAGCAAACGUUUGCCAAAUUUUCCUCCACAUUCCAAAAUUUCUGUUCUGUUCCUCUCCCUCUCUAAUUUGGUAAUCUCAACUAUCUUUAACAAACAUCGCGGAUGCUGGUAAGGUCCUCAAAGAGACGGCUGCCAACUGGCAGCAGUGAAGCACACUCACCUAACAAUCUAUACGAAAUUAAGCAAAAAAAAGAGUGACGAAAAGUGUUUAUAUACAUAUAUCAAUGUAAUAAGAAUAUAUCUCGCGAGAAGUCUAGUUUUUUUUUUCUAGAAGAUAGACUACAAGUAGAAUAGUUUUCAUCGUGAUUUAUCGUGUAAAAGUGUGUGAUUUUGCGCAUCAUUAACAACGCGAACGCGUAGAGAAUCAGUUUUAAUAGAUACAGAAAAUGUAUGAGAAUCUAUAUAGGGGAAAGCAACUCUAUCUUUCUUUCACUUACUCGUAGGGAUCCUAACCAUAAGAAAUUUAUUUUUCUUUAGCACAUAAGUAUAAAAAACAACUACACGUAAGAUAACAUAAAAAAGAAAAGAAACAACACAUUUUAUCGUACCUUUAAGUAACGAAACCUCGCAUACACUUUGGCCCGGGCGUUCGCAGCCGGCGAACUCGGUCAAGUUUGGUUCCCCGAGAGUGAAACCCCCAAACAUCAACAACAACAAAAACACAGUCAGAUAGCUGAAUAAACCUCGCAUAUGGUGCACAAAAAUCGGUUAGCGUUCCAAAGCGGAACCCGAAGCGCCGUCUGUGAAUGGACCCCGGGCGAAGUAAACUAUGAAAUAUAAAUUAUUUAUUAGGUAGACACUUGUUAUGCAUGCACCAAAUUUAAUAUAAUAUAUUAAAUUUAAAUGCAUCACACAGUAUAAUGUCGUAAAACAGGACAGAAAUAGCGGAGAGGCAUCAGACAUCAUGCGCUAAGCAGCAUUCACAAAUCAGCAGAAAAUCAGAAUCCUCAGCAUAGAGCAAACAAUCAAUCAAGCAACAAAUAAACUAACUAACGAUAUCAAAACAGAAAAAACUUGCAAAAGAAUCAAAUAAUCAAAAAGAGUCAUGUUACGGCGCGGGUCUGUCCCGGUUCCGGUCGGUCAAUGCUAGGUGAAAACGCCAACUCUAGAAAUUAUGAAACACACAAACGUAAACACUUACUCUAUAUACAGCUAACAGUCAUGCAGGUGUCUCUGUUUAAUGUCUAACGUUUAAAACAGAAAUUAUAUGAAAAAAGAGAAAAAGUAACACUAUUUUCGCCCAGCAAUUGGGUCGGAGCUGUUUGCGACACACUUCGAAACUCGCCAAAUGAAGUAGAACGACACUGCCUUAUGGGCGAGUGCGCGAAGUUUCUCCAGUUUCUCCGUCGCAAGCUGAAAGAUUUUUAUUUUAUUUUUUUAACCGGAAGCGAAACGCACAAAUGCAUUCCAAAAUCUUCGCCUCCCGCUUUUCUCCCAUCAAGAAAAAAAACAGCUCUAAGAGAGCUUUGGUUCUUUCCUAACGAACAUUCCACAGCUCUACAAUUCUUAAGAUGUAUAUUCACUAACGAAAAGCGUGCAAAAGUAUACGUUCCCCAACAGGACAACAGCAAAGACACAGGCACAAUUUUCACCUGAAAAAUAGAUUUAUUUUGCAAUAAAAACAGUGUUCGACGCAUUUUUUGUUGAAUAAACUUGAUCGAAAUUUGGAACA